CCGCGAGAAACGUCCCAAAACAAUAAACAGAGCCAUGUGUGUUUUGGAGCCGCUUGCUUUCAGAUGAAUUGUGCUGGUGAACGGAUAGCAAUGAUGCAGUAAAGAGCGAGCGUGUUUCUUUUGACAGAAUGUCACAGACGAGCGCAACGAAACAAGGGAAAAUAUCGCACUACGACGUAUUGCAAGUCGCUCACAAUGCUUCUCUGGAGGAAAUUAGAAAAUCCUACCAAGCGUUAGCCCUGCAGUACCAUCCGGACAAGCGAAAAAGCAAAUCACCGCAAUCUGACGAAUCGGACCACUUCAUCUGUAUCGAUCAGGCUUGGAAAACAUUGCGGGACGAUCGGUUGCGACGAAUCUAUGAUGCCGAACUGAUGCAACAGACGGAGGAAUACUUUGUGAAUGAAAUUCUCACGGGUAGAGAUUUUGAACGUGACGAAGAGGGAAGCUUUUGGUUCCACACGUGCCGCUGCGGUGGAUAUUAUAUUCUGCCGGAGGAAGCUCCCAUUCACGAACCGAUUUACGUUUCUUGUGACGAAUGUUCUUUAGUGGUACAGGUUAAUCUGGAUAAAAAGCUUUAAAAUUGCUUCAAAACAUGGUGAGAGUUUGUGGUUUGGAAUAAUUAUUCACAUUUGUGGAAAAUAUAGAAGGAUACGAAUGAAAAUACGG